AUGCCUCGAUCAUUUGAUCCAUAUGCUCGUGGACGUCAGUUCCAGCGCUUCCACAAGGACCAUGCCGAGCUGCUUUACACGCUCAGAGAAGAGGACUGGUAUUGGAUUAUUCAAAUAUGCUCACUGAAAGCUGCUAACCUUGACGAGGAAAGAUACCCGGUUAAGUGGACUAGUUGCAAAAGGUCUAUGACUAGUGCGCUGUAUCGCUGGCGUAUGUUCAUGAGAGAUAAACAUCCUUACAAGGGUACCAGGAUUCGCGGACGUCAAGAAAGAAAGACUAAACUGCGUCGGAUUGCCGAGAGGCAUAUCAAAUCUAAUUUUAACUCUGGAGGAAAGGAGACAGAUCAAAAGGAAACCACAAAGAUGAAUCGGAAAGCUGAGGGACACAUCAACUACAGAUGUAGUUCUGAAGAAGAGGGCAUUGACUACGGUGAUUCCGAGAGUGAAUGA